AUGAACCAGCGAUACAAGACUAUGUUCCGGGACACCCGUGAGCCCGAGCGGUCCUACGCCAGGCGUCUGACCGAGAGUGAACACUCACCAGCCGGACAUGUGGAGCGCACUGGUCGCCUGUCAUCUUGGAGCUGGACCAAGUUUAGGAAGAGACCCGGAAGCGGACAAGCGCGUGGACCUGGAAUCUACUGGGUGGACGACUUCUUCUCAACGAGUCGCUUUUCCACGUUCAUAAAAAUAACCCUGGCCUCAGUCCCGUCAAAACCGUUAAAAGGAACAAGACACACUCCUGAAUCAACUUUACCCGAUGAGCUCGGGUGUCACGGCGCAGUCUCGAACCCACAAUUCUCCCGCAGCAAGAUCCAACACUCUGUCUGGCAGAAUGCCAGGACAUGCCCCCGCACGCGCGUAGCGCUUCACGCCCACGCUUCGCCACAGUUGCAGACUGUCAGCAAUCCGCGCACCUGGCAGCAAUCAGGAGGACAGCAUAAAGACCAGUUACUCCUUGGAACCUACGCCGGAACGUCGUUAACUCUCAGUAUGCCCGCCUUGUUCCGCAUGCUCGAGCUCUGUGCCUCGACCUCCAUCCAGAUUUUGGACUGCCUCCCCCGAUCCUCGACCCUUGCCUGGACACGGACCUUGUCGUUUCUCGCCUGCCCUUGACCUCCUGCCUGUCCCCGGACUUCCUUUGUGCCUCGCCCUCUUGGAUUGACAAAGAUUUCAUCCCUCACGCACGUACAACAUCCUCUGGUAUUAUUUACAUGGUUAAUUUCACACUUAGUCCUGCAACCAACACGUAGAGUAGCAUACA